CUUCCCACGGGAUAAAUAUAUAAGUCCUAUCCUAAGUCAUAGAAGUUCUCAUAUCAAAGGUUUAAUCAUAAUUUUAAAUCCUAUGGAUUUUGUUGAAAUCAAGCAUGCUCGGGAUGUCAGGCUUCACAAUAAUUACAUGUUUUUUGUUUAGAAUUGCCCAAAUCAAAGUGACAAAGUCUCAUCUAUAAGUGGAUAUUAAUGACCAAAUUAAAAAUUUUGCUACCAUGUUAAGAACAUUUUAGCAACGUUUAGUGUGAUAAAUACCGAGGCAGCAAUUUCUAAUAAUCAUGACACAAGAUUCUUCACCUCGUGAUAAUGAAGAUAUUAUCAAAGAGAUUUGUGUCAGCAAUGGAUUUCAAUAUUCUCAACUUGCGUCGAAUGGAACGUCGAUCAAGAAAUUGGAAAUGUUUUUCUCCGGCUUUCCCAGGAUUGUUGGACUCGUUCAUUUUCCUCAUUUAACAAGCUUGAUCAUCGUAGGUCAAACUAUUUCAAAAAUUGAAAACUUGGAACAUUGUCCAGAGUUGAGAGAAUUAUGGAUAGCGGAAUGUCAAUUGAAGACAAUCCACGGUCUUGAAAAUAACAAACGAAUAUCAAAGUUAUACUUAUAUGACAAUCAGAUUGAAAAAAUUGAGAAUAUAGCACACCUUCACGCUUUGGAUAUUUUAUGGCUUUCUAAAAACAAACUGAAAAGAAUUGAGAAUGUUGAGAAUCUAAAAUGGCUUCAGGAAUUGAAUGUUGCUGGGAAUCAAAUCCAAUCAAUAGGACAUUCGAUGGAUAACUUGAGUCAUUUGCAUGUCCUAAACUUAUCUGGAAACAAACUUUCUUCACUCAAAGACAUUACACAUUUAACAAAACUUACGAAACUAGUCGAUCUGAGUUUCAAGGAUCCUUUGUAUUCAUGCAACCCUGUAUGUUUAUUGUGCAAUUAUUCAACACAUAUAUUAUAUCAUCUACCUAAGUUGGUUAGACUCGAUUCUCUGGAUGUUUCAAGUCCUCAAAUGAGAGAACUAGCAGAGGCUACAGUUCAAAAAAAGAAAAUGUAUUACAAUAUGAGAGUGAAAAAUACUAGAAGAAAUUUAACAACAUUACAGAAUAGGUUGAACAAAGAUAGAAGACUUCUAUUGCAAGUUCCAGAAGAACGUCUGAGAACAAUCCAUUUUGCUUUGAAAUCGAUUGAACAACAACAACAGUCAGAGAUUGGUUCCGAAGAAUCAAAUAAUAUCAAUGAAAAAGAAGGAAGUGAGUCAUCUGAAGAUGAGAUCGAUGAUAAUGAAGCCAAAAAGCCUCCAGAUGAAUUAGGUGCAGCAGGAGAAUCUGAUUCCAUCGAAAUUAAAGCGAACAAACCAGAUGCUGAAGUUGACAUGCAUGUUGAACAAAUCAAAUCAAAAAUUGAAUCUUUAAAGCAAAGAAUAACUCAUUGGAAAAAUAAAAUCGAAGAAAUUGAAGAAUAUCACAAACAAGCCUUAGAUCAAGUGAAAGCUUUGACUUCAAUAUCAGUUGAUCGUCUCAUGCUUGAGUUAGAGACAGGAGGAAAUGUUCGAUUUGAACAAGGAUCUACUAAGGAUGUUUGGUUUACUACUUGCCAUGAUUUGAUUUUAUCAAGGUUCUGUGCUUGGGAUUAUAAGAGUUAUGGAGUUACAGGCAUAAAAACACACGCAAUAACAAGAGUCCAUAACCGGUUGCUUCGGUCUAGAUUCGAUGAAAAAGUUCAUGAAUUAGCUUGUGAUGAAACCGGCUUUAUGAUGAACAAGAAUUACAAGAAAUUAGUUGACUAUUUGUUUUAUGUGCCUGAUCCCACUCAAACUGACAACUCCAAGCAAGUAGAAAAUAUUUUGGAAAAUGGAUUUUCAAAUGAGUUUGAUGCCGCUGUACCAUUAUCAAACAGUUUAUUCAUUUGUGAAAAGAAGAGACUUGAUGAUUGCAUCAGUCAAGCAAAAGAAAAUAAAUUUCCAGAUUCUUGCCCAUUUCGACAUGGAUCUGUCAUUAUUGCUAAAGUGUUUCUCGGAAAAAGUGCUCCUGCACAAGACAAUGGAAAGAUUACACAGGAAAAGUAUUAUAAAAUUGACAGCGUUUAUCGAUUACGUUCAGAGUUAAACCACGCUGCUGCUAUGAAGACAAGAGAUGAUUGUGAAUGCAGUAGUAGACAAUGUGAAUGGCAUAUCCUUGAUAAAUAUCUAGUAUUGCCAGAAUAUGUCAUCGAUUUCGAAUACCAUGCGAAGAAUCCACCGUCUCCUUUUCGACUUGUUAACUACAUUGCUAAUACUUGGACGUCACACUUGAACGCAACAAAUUCUGGCAAUUCUACCACUGUGUAUGCAUGGGAAUUAGAACAAGACAACGCAUCCUUAGAAAUGUCUCCACAAAUCAGACCACGACCAAGAAUUGUGUCGUUAUCAGAAGAUCUCUUGUUGAAAAUGGGAAGAGCUAUGUCAGUGUCACAAAUUACAGUGCUCAAUCUUCAUGGUAAUGGUCUUGGAAGAUUGAAAGGCAUUGGUACAUUGUCUCAACUUAAGCAUCUGGUUGUGAGUUUUAAUGAACUGACAAGACUUGAAGAUAUAGCACACAUGCCGAAUCUCGUAGAAGUGGAUGCCAGCUUCAAUAAAAUCAAUUCUCUUGAAGGAAUGAGGGGUAUGUCAAAGUUGAAAACGCUCAACUUGAGUUGGAAUCAGUUGACAAGUUUGAGAGAUGAUCUCACAGUGAUGAGAAAACAUUGUCCUCUGUUGUCAACUCUUGAUAUCAGAAGUAAUCCUUGGAUUAAGGCUGACAAUCUCUACUUGAGAGUAAUCGGAAGACUCAAAUCUCUCACCAAACUUAAUGGCAUUGAUGUAACAGAAAGUGAUGCUGCUUCUGCUUUGAGACUAGUAUCAGGGUCUCGCAUAUCUCAGGCUACUAUCAUAAACAACUCCAGAGUUGAAGGAGUCAAACCUCGUUCAUUGAGUUUAUUAUCUAGUUCGGAAGUAUUUCAUGACAUGAUGAAAUUGAAACCAGAUGCCAAGGAUGCAACAUGGAUGACAAAAGUUGUUGUGCUGAACCUGGAUGGUCAAUAUAUUGGGAAGCUGAGUGGACUUGAUAAACUUGAGAAUUUACGAUUUGCAUCUUUUAAUAAAAAUUGUGUAACUAAGUUGGAAGGUUUGGAAUGUUGUACGAAUCUGCAAGAAUUAUCUCUUGUUGACAAUUGCAUUUAUAAACUAGACGGUUUAUCGAAACUAACAAAUUUACGUCACCUUGAUUUGUCAAGUAAUUACCUGAUAUCACUGGAAAACAGUGGCUUGGAAAAAUUAACAAGUUUACAGUUUUUGUCUCUGGAAAAUAACAGGCUAACUUCUUUGAAAGGAUUGCAUGAACAGCAUUCUCUCGUUGAACUUUAUCUUGGGAAUAACAGAAUUGUAAAUGUCAGGGAAAUCUUCAAUGUUAAGGCCUUGGUGAACCUUAUGAUUCUUGAUGUUUAUGGGAAUCCUGUCGUUCAAUCAGAUAAUUACAGAUUGUUUGUGAUUUAUCACUUACCAAACUUGAAAGCAUUAGAUGGAAGUGCUAUUGAAACUACAGAAGAAAGUGCUGCAAAAGAUGCUUUUGGUGGCAGAUUAACUACUGAUUUUGUUGCUGAACGACUUGGACAUGCAAAUUUCACAGAAGUUCGAGAACUUGAUUUUCCUCAUUGUUCAAUAAGAACAGUUGAUCUUGGUAACGGUGACGCAUUUAAAAAUUUACGAAGUGUCAAUGUUGAAAACAACAGUCUAACAUCGUUCAGUGGUUUGAUCAAUUUGAGACAUUUGCGAGUUCUUUGUUUGAAUCAUAACCACAUUGAAUGCAUCGUACAGAGACCAAAGAAUCUUAAACAACAGAUUCGUUCCCAAUAUUCCGUCAGCCAUCAAGUAGCUACGGAAUUGUUGUCACCCGAACGACUGAGUCCAGUCAUGGAAAGUCUCGAAGUUUUACAUCUUGGAUAUAACAAAAUAAAUAACAUGGGUGGAUUGCAACUUGGAAGACUGGUCAACCUAAAAGCAUUGUUUUUACAAGGGAAUGAAAUCAGCAAAAUAGAAGGACUUGACGGUUUACAUGAAUUACGAGAACUAGUAUUAGAUCGUAAUAAAGUUAAAGUCAUCGGAGAAAAUUCAUUUGCAAAUCAAUGGAAUCUGCAGGAACUUCAUAUUGAGGAAAAUAGAAUCCGGGACCUUGGAAAUCUACAUCAUUUGGAAAACUUACAGAGAUUAUAUUUAGGAAUGAAUAGAAUACAGGAUAUGAUGGAACUUGAGAAAAUGGAGAGCCUUCCAAAUUUGAUUGAACUAUCUGUGAUUGGAAACGCGGUUUCAAGACGUCUUUUACACAGACCGAUGCUCGUUUUUCAACAACCUAACUUACAAUCCAUAGAUGGAAUUCCUGUUACUCCAGAGGAAAGAACAAAAGCUGAAUUGUAUUUUAUGGACCAACAGCCUAACCCAUCCAACAUGGAGACAAUUCUACCUGGUAUUACACCUCAUAACAGAGCUGGACCAAUCAAAGUAACACACAUGCCAGUUACCAAUGACAGACACACAAUUCCAUAUUCUGGUCAUUAUGAUGAACACGACCAUAGAGGUACAAGAAAGCAUGGCUCAAAAGAUCAUCGUGCUUAUCAUACUGCAAUACCACAAGGAAGUAUUUAUAGUCAAUUAGCUGGUGUUAAAUAUCAGCAACAACAACAUAACCACUCUUCAAAUCAUAAUGGCACUAAAACAUAUCCAACACAAUCUAAUAACAGAGGAAGUGGAGGUAAUCGCUACAGAUGAAAAUACAAAACUUCCAAGUCUUUAUGGAUUUUGUUCAGCAAAAGAUAAAUACUGUCAGAAAAGAACAUCAAUUCAAUGAAUUGAAUUAUUGCCGCAUAUCAGAUGUUGUUAGUCUUUUAUUAUUCUGAUCA